AUGAUCAUUGGAGGAGGGGAGGAACUUCCUGUUGGUUACCCUUGUGAAGGCUGCCGCAGAGGACAGACAGCUGGUUUUGCUGCCAGGAAAGAUACACCAUUGCUGACUGGCCAAGCAAUUGGAUGUCGUGCAGCAGUAGAGAUGCUGGCAAAAGAGAAGACAAGGGCUCAGCAGUUAAAGUCUGCUGCAACUUCUGAGACUCCAAAUUCAGCCAUCUUCAGAGAGGCCAGCACCCAGACAUUCUCAGUUGCCACCAGCCAAGGCUAUGUUAUACCCGAAGGCAGAGUCAUUCCAAACACUGUUUUUGUUGGCGGAAUUCAUGUUAGGUCUGCUGCAACAUCUGUGACUCCAAAUUCAAUCAUCUCCAGAGAGGCCAGCACCCAGAUGUCCUCAGCCGCCACCAGCCAAGGCUAUGUUUUACCCGAAGGCAGAGUCAUUCCAAAUACUGUUUUUGUUGGCGGAAUUGAUCUUAGGAUGGAUGAAACUGAAAUCAGGGGUGUCUUUGCUAGAUUUGGCUCAGUAAAGGAAGUGAAGAUAAUCAGUGAUAGAUAUGGUUUGUCCAAAGGCUAUGGAUUUGUGUCAUUUUGUAACAACGUGGAUGUGCAGAAGAUAAUAGAAUCACAGAUAACGUUUCAUGGUAAAAAGCUAAAUCUGGGCCCUGCAAUCAGGAAACAAAAUAUAUGUGCUCAUCAUAUGCAGCCAUGUCCUUUGAUUUUUAAUUCUCCUCUGCCACCAUUUCAGAGUGUUGGAAGUAGUCCAAACACUGAAAAUUUCAUGCAGCCUCCAGCCAUGUUGAAUCAUCCUGUUACUCAGUAUGUUCAGGCACAUCCUCCUUACCAAAGUUCACCAGUUCACAUGUCCACUGGAUGCCAGCUUCCUGUUUAUAAUUAUCAGAUGUAUGCUGCUGUUAACUACUACUCUAAUGAAGUUGAAACUGGAGUUGAAGUUUUGCCAAAUGAUAGGGUGGUGCAUGAAGCUACUCCAGCCUCUGGAAAUGGCCAACAAAAGAAAUUUGUGGACCGAAGCAUACAGACUUUGGAGUCCUGUCUGUUCCAACCAGAGAACAGAGUGAAAAACUCCCAUCUUGCUCAGGAUAACUACUCGAAGGAUAAACGUGUGUGUCAAUUUCGAAGAGGCCAGGCAGUGAUGAAAUCUGAUUGA